CCUCUGCCCGUGGCGCACCGAGCCCCAGAGGGCUGCGUGCCCCCCGUCCCGCACGUCCACCACUGCCCCUGCCUGCAGGGCAGAGCGCACCCCCCCGCAGUGCAGAGCCCUCUGCCACGGAGCUGCUGCCUCCCCCCAGGGCAGCACCUGCAGGCCCCGGACCCAGCGGGCAGGGGCAGCGGGCACACCCUGCAGGGCCUCGAGGAGCCAUCAGCACUUGUCUGCAGGAGCACGGGGUCCCCGCAAAGAGCAGGUGAUCCUGAGAACAGCCAAAGGGGACCCGGGCCGCACAGAGACACGGGGCCCGCGGCGGGCGGGGCAGGGGCUGAGGACAAGGACUCCGGGUCCGCGGGGCAGCCCGACACGGCGGAAAGGGGGGCUGAGCCCUGCGCGUCACAGACGGACGUCCCCGUGAACUCAGAACGUUUGCACCCGAACGAACCAAAAUUUCUAUUGAACCAUUUCGUGGGGGAGGCUGGGUGCGGGUCCUGCCCGAACCGCCCCCAGGGCUGCGGCAGGAUGGCGCGGGCGCGGUGCGGUGCCCACUGCCGGAUGCCCGCCUUCGAGGCCGCCGUGCCUGCUGUCUUAGCACACGCGGAACUUUCUGGUGAAAGUCUGUUAAUAAAAACACUUUAAUAAAUGCAGUAUUAAAUUCUAAA